CUUUUUUUUUUUGUAUUAAUAAAAGUAUCGUUAAAAAUGAUUAUAUUUUUGACAUGUCUAUCAGCUGAUCCAAUUCAAUAUGGCCGUUCAUAAUAUACAUAUGUAAGUUUUCAUUCGAUAAGUCACAAAACUGCCCCUACAAUUGUAUCUUUUAAUACAAUAGUUUGUAUGAAGAUAAAAAAUAUAUUUAAAAAAAAAGAAUAUCUACUCGUAAAAAUAUCUCACUUGUUCUACAAACAUGGCUGGAAAUGCACAAAUAUUGGAAGGAUUUCUAUGUCCCGUUUGUAUGACCGAUUUAAAAGCACCAGAUAAUUUGACCAAACACUUUGAAGAAUUUCACAAUAAUGAACAAUUUUUAAAAUCUCUCAAAGAUUUACUUGGCAAAGCUAAGAAGAAAAUAUUAAAACAAGAUGAAAUGCCAGAAGUAUUUUCAUGUACUCCAAAUAAUCAAAGACACAAAUUAGAAAUGAAUACGGAACAACAAGAACCAGGUGUAAUUAAAUCACACACGAGAUAUUUCAAAGAAAUAAGAAACAUGAGAUUGGAACGUUAUACAUCAGAAACAAAUAAAUUAUUAAUAAGAUUAGAUAAAUUGUUAUACAAUUUGCCAUUAGAUCCAAGUAAAAGAAAAGUACACGAACAAAGUAUCGUACCAUGGAUAGAUGAAACAGAUGUCAAAUUGUGUCCUACUUGUGCUAAAAGUUUUCACGUUGCAAGAAGGAAACAUCAUUGUCGACUUUGUGGAGCUAUAAUGUGUCAUAAUUGUACUCUUUAUUUAUCCCUAUUGGAUGCUCGAAAAAUGACAAGUCCUGUUUCUAUACAGGACGAUUCGGCUGUAUCUCCGUCAUCAUCGGAGAAAGGUUUUUCAGAACGCGUUGUACGAGCUGGUAUAGGAUUUACAAAAUUGGCAAGAUCACCAUCGAGUGGUAGUUUAAAUAGCGUUUUAGCUUUGGUCAAUGAUUCAACUGGUGGUGCUGAACAACAUUUCAAAGUUUGUACGCAUUGUAUGAAUUUACUCGAUGCUAGAGAAAAACAAAAAGAAAAACAAUUUCACAAGCCAAUAGUAUGUCAAUUUUAUGAAAAAAUGAGAUUGUACAUGGAAGAAACUAUGCAAAUAUUGAUAAUGUAUAACAAAAUGAGCGAAUCUUUGAGAGAAGGAGAAUCUACGUAUGAUUUGCAAGAUGCACAAACGUUACGUCUUAAAAUUGCUAAAUUAGGUGAAAAUAUAGAUGCAAUUAGUAAAAGAAUAUUAGUACUUGGUACUAGGGAUGUGGAUAAUUCGCCCCAAGGUCAAGAAUUAAGAUUACAUCAAAUGGUUAGGGCUAGUGCAAUGUUAUUUUUAAAAGAACAAUUACUCUCUAUACAAUCGUUACCGUCGAUAGAAGAAUAUGCCACGUUGAAAGAAGAACGUCAAAGACGAAUAGAACUUAAAGCUGCCUAUGAACAACGAUUGGAAGAACAGAGACAAAAAUCUCGUGAACAAAACAAAAGAGAUACGCGAAAUUUGGAAGGUGGUGGUGGUGGUGGUGGUGGUCCAUUGGUCAAAGAAAAUCAACAACAAAUGACUAUGGAUCAAUCGCAAGGUUGGGGCCCAUCUAUUAAAGCUCCUAUGAUAUCUUCCUCUACUAAUCCGCUCAUCGAACAAAUGAAUAAUUUAACAGCGUAUAUCGAACAAGCUAGAGCCGAUUGUAAAUUUGACGAGGUCACUACUUUAGAAAAUAAUCUUCAAGAAUUGCGCAGUGCCUAUUAUGCCAGUAAGGAAAGUAAUAACAGCGAAUAAUAUAAUAAAGGAAACUGUAAACAUUCCUUUUACGUUCCUAUAA